AAAUAAUGGGAAAUAUAGCGACAGAAUAUAUAUAAAGAAGAUAUUGAAACGUACACAAGUUUUGCAGCUACAUUUGAGAGAGACUUGAAGGAAGAGAGCUACCAGGAGAGGAGCAUAGAUCAAGAAUAAAAAAAAACUUUAACUUGGGGGUAAUUUUUGUGAAUAAACGCCAGCACUAGCGUACAGGCUUCAAUAACUAAAAACAUCACAACCAAACGCUUAAGCGGCACCCAUAUAGUAUAACAGCUGAGCUGGCAAUGUUACCGUUAACGCACAAGGAUCGCAGCAAUUUAAGCUACCGCAUCAAGGAAAAGCUAAACAGUUGGAAGCGGCUCAUAUUUUCCGAUCGCAAUUCGAGAAAUCUAUUUCUCUUUCUUUUACUUAACUUGAGUUUUGCGUUCGUGGAGCUCUUCUAUGGCAUAUGGACAAACAGUUUAGGUCUCAUAUCGGACUCGUUUCACAUGUUCUUCGACUGCACGGGUCUGCUCGCUGGUCUAGCAGCCUCAGUGAUCACCAAGUGGAAAGCUAACGAUAAAUUUUCUUACGGCUAUGUGCGUGCAGAAGUGUUAGCCGGCUUCGUGAAUAGUCUUUUUCUACUCUUUAUUGCUUUCUUUAUUUUAUCUGAGGGCGUAGAGCGUUUAAUUGAACCACCAGAAGUGAAACACGAACGGCUGUUUGUAGUAUCCGUGCUCGGACUGCUGGUAAAUCUGGUUGGUAUAUAUGCAUUUCAGCACGGUCAUGGGCAUUCUCACGGAGGUGGCGGUGGACAUGGUCACUCCCAUGGUGGUGGUGGUGGUGGUGGGGGUCAUGGUCAUUCACAUGGUGUAAACAAUCACAUUGACUUGAAUAAUCACAAUCAUCAAGCGAUAAAUUUGGAUGGCAGCCAUAGUCAUAGUCAUGGCGGUGGGCAUGGUCAUUCACAUGGGCUCACCGAUGAUAUGUCUGGCAGCAAUUCUCAAAUCAUGCGUGGUGUCUUUCUACAUAUUUUAGCCGACACGCUUGGCUCGGUAGGCGUUAUCAUUUCGGCGGUGCUAAUGCAAAUAUUCGGUUGGAUGAUUGCCGAUCCGAUUUGUUCAAUAUUUAUUGCUUUGCUUAUUGCCAUGAGCGUGCUGGGUCUGAUAAAAGAAUCAAUACUUAUAUUAAUGCAGCGGCAACCGUCAGCGUUAGAUCGCGCGCUGCCACAAUGCUAUCAAAAGGUGACGGGAUUGGCUGGCGUUUACGCCGUACAGGAUCCACAUUUCUGGACAUUAUGCUCAGAUGUCUAUGUGGGUGCUAUUAAGUUGGAAGUUUCCAAAAAUGUGGAUCCCAAAUAUGUGGUCACACAUGCGCGCAUGAUCUUUGAAUCUGUAGGAGUAAAGCAGAUUUACAUUCAGCUGGACUAUGUGUGAUAGCGAUGGACUAUAAUAGAUCGGAUCGGGCCGGGUUGUUGAAUAAACUUUCGUUUUUAUUUUUAAAAGCGGCUAAAAUAAAAGAGGAAGAAAAAUGAGCAUUCGAAUAAUUAACCUGUUAUUCAGUUCAUUGCGAGGGCGGGCAAUCGAAAACGGAAAUUUUGUUUUAAUCUUUACCUUAAGUUAAUUUUGCAAAGCAGUUCACUCAACUGCUUGAGUAAACAGUUAAAAUAUUUUUUUCUACGUGUAUAAUGUGUAGAUAAUUUAGAUAAACUUGAAAGAAACUGUUAACGAUUAGAACUAUGUUUUAUACUUAUUUACAUACAAUAUUAACAUAUUUUGUUACAUGAUAUGGUAUUUAUUUUAAUAUAAUUGUGUGAAUGUACGAAAUAAUGAAUUGCAGAUGCAUAUAUAAAAUAACGAAAUUUUUAGUGAAAUCAUUCCAAUUAAAGAUUUAGUCGAAAAUCGAUCAAUCCUUUUCCAACCACGAGUGAUCAAAUCCGUGACGAAUACUUAAGAGCAAGUAAUACAUGUAAGUGCGUAAGCUCUUAUAAAAAAUUGCCAUUUAACUGAAAAUGAACAAAGCGGCUUGCUUUAUUUCAAUGAAGUUCAGCAAAAUGUACAUACAAUGGUGUUUAUAAAACAGCGUUAUAGAAAAAAACGAUAUACGAUGCUGCAAAUAAAUUUGUAUACUUAAUUAAUAAGUAGUCAUAAGUACGGAUAUUAAUAAAAAUUGAGAAAAAUAAAUAAAAA